GAGAAGAGAAGGAGAGAGAGAGAAUGGGGGAGGGCAUCAGAAACGACGAUGACGAUGACGAUGAACAAUCCUCCUCCUAAAAAGAAGAAGGGCCGUCCUUCGCUUCUCGAUCUCCAGAAGCGCUUCCUCCAGCAGCAGCAAAACCCCCAUUUCCUCAACCCUACCUCCGCCGCCUCCGCCCGCGUCCCUGCCACGCGCCGCGCCAACCCUAACCCUAGCGACGACGACGACGACGAGCGUGCCAAGAAAAAGCACAAGCUCCUCCUCGGAAUUAACCACAACAAUUCCCGCAAACCGACAUUGCAGCCGUUCAAUUCGGCCGCCGCUGGCUCCGAUUCCAAUGCGGACGACGACGAUCCGGACAAGAUCAGCGCCGCCCGCCGCCGAUCCAAUCUCACGAAAAUUGAUCCUCUCAUGGAAGCAGGAAGCUUGGCAAGUGGGUGGUUCAACCCCCAACCUCUUUGCUUUCGAUCUCAAGAGCAGAUGAUCUCCCAGGAUCUCCCUCACUCUCCUCAUGAAGCUUUUCUCCCAGAGCCGUAUGAAAAAAAUGUUAUUUUCAUUAUUUUUUUAACCAUUAAAUUUAAUUUUCAAAAUUAUGGUUAACAGAGUUAGUGGUGGGCUGGUGAGUUGGAUUGAAAUGCCAGAUGUCAAAAUAUGAGUGGAGUCACAGGGAAGGAGACAGGAAAUUGGGGACAGAGGAUUUUCUCCCGUACCGCAGUACCUUACCUGGCAGAGAGAGCGAGUGAGGGAGUGAGACACAGUUGCACCACCUUUCUCGCUCCUUUUGCAGUCUUCUGUAACAAGUGGGUCCCCCCCCGCCCUCACGGCAAUUUGCUCGCUCCUGCAUUCGUACCUCCACUUCAGAGUUCAGACCCACACAAAUAUAUGAAUUAAGAAAAACUUUAAAUUACAGACGUAAAUUCCUACUGUGGUUUGCUUGUUAGUGUGAUGAGGAAGAAAGGUUAGUUCAGUUAUUUUGGGUAGCAAAAACAGAAAUGAAAAGACUAAGGACUUGAAUUACAGGCAGAGAGGUUGAGAAAGAAACGAACAGAGGAAGCU